UUUUCCAAGUAUCCGAUCGCAUCUCUCUCUCUCUCUCUCUCUCUCUCUCUCUCUUCAUGGAGUACGAUUACAGGAAUCGCACGGGCUCCAACAUGUAUCGGCCGGCCCCCGGCGGCGGCGCCGCCUCCGGCGCCUCGGCGCCGCCGCUGUACCCGCGGAUGGGGCAGGGUGCGGCGGCUGUGGCGCCGCCGCCGCCGCAGCACUCUCGUGGGGCUCCCUACCACAACCCUUCUCCCUCCUCCUCCUCCUCCGCCCCUCCCUCGUCUGGACUGGGCAUAAAAGUUGCCAUAAAGCCAGAAUAUCAGAUAACUCCCCCUCCUCAAUUGGCCCAGCCAAUGCCGGAGGUUCCUCGUAGUACAUUCAAAUUUGACUUUGAGUUUGAAAAGAGGAUACUUGCUGAGGCCGAAAAGGAGAGUCAGAACUGGAGCAGAUUCGCUGCAGAAAACAAGUCAUCAAAACCAGCAGCGUCUACUCUUCCGACUCCAGGAGGGGAUCCAGUUGUGGAGAAGUAUGUUGCCUCAGGGCUUGGGCGUGAAGCCGUCUCAUUUGCUGUUCUGAACUAUGGAGACAAUCCAGUGAAGGUGAGGGAGUUUGUGAAAGGCUAUAACCUUCUCCGAGAAAUGGGCUUUGCAUCCAAGAACGUCGCAGAAGUAUUGGCUUCAUACGAUAACGACACCGACAAGGCCAUCGCCCACUUCCUCAAUAGCCCAAAUUGAGUAUAUAUGAGUUGCUUCGGAUUCUUAUGUACUGAAAAAGGGAAAGAAAAUAACUUUGGUUCUCAACUUCUGUACAGAACUACAGAUGCAUCGCACACUUGAAAACUUAUUAUUGCCUUGCAUGUGAACCAUCUUGUUCUAUACUUGGUGGUGUAUUACUUUUUCUGUAUUGUGAUAUAGUUGGACUACGUUACUUAUUUCGCAGAGCUUAUUGUGUG